AGUCUGUGUGUGACAUCACGGUAUUGUUCGCACCAGUCUUUAGGUGUGCCUCAUCCCACCUAAAGAUGAUCUUCUACAUUCCUAAGAAACUCAAAGAAAAUGAACUUCCAUGGCAACGCUUUCACUCAUCCCCUCUCUGCCGACCAGCGGAACCGGAGACGUCAGAUGACUCGAAGUCUUUAGGUGUGCCUCAUCCCACCUAAAGAUGAUCUUCUACAUUCCUAAGAAACUCAAAGAAAAUGAACUUCCAUGGCAACGCUUUCACUCAUCCCCUCUCUGCCGACCAGCGGAACCGGAGACGUCAGAUGACUCGAAGUCUUUAGGUGUGCCUCAUCCCACCUAAAGAUGAUCUUCUACAUUCCUAAGAAACUCAAAGAAUAUGAACUUCCAUGGCAACGCUUUCACUCAUCCCCUCUCUGCCGACCAGCGGAACCGGAGACGUCAGAUGACUCGAAGAGUAUGCCCCUCUUCUCCUCUUUCCGCAAAGUCCUGUUCUGGCUUUGCUUGCCUUGCUUUCUGCUGGCUGGGCUCAUGGUCUACGUCACCCUUGCCGUUUGCUUGUCCAUGGCCCCGACGCACAGACCCUAUCAUCCACAGAGCAUCCUCGCCAUCAACACCAUGAGUGUGAAGUUCACCGCCCCGGGAACCACAGAGAGCCCAAAGUACGCCGCCAAACCACAGGGGGCCUUCUGGAGGGAUCGCAUGGACGCCAACAAAACUGGACUGUGGAACCGGCUUCAGUAUAAAUUGGAUCUGUGGAACAGCAACAUCUUUCGUUCAGUCAAGGCCAGGCCACAGGGUGUCCAAAUGGUAGCCAGCGUCAGGGGCAGGCCCUGUGCCUUUAACCUGACCUCAGUGGAGACUGCGAUGCCAGGGUUCUAUACGCUACCACUCCACAUCAGGGAGUUCGUUCUGCGGAUGAUGUGCCGGGACUUCCCCCUCCUCACCGACCAGCCGCGCUUAUGUCACAAAGAGACUGGGAGGCCUCCUUUCUUGCUGCUGGCCAUCAAGAGCCAGGACGAGCACUACGAACAGCGGCAGGUCAUCCGGGAGACCUGGGGACAGCAGGGCCAGCUGCGGGGCAGGAGGGGCAGAGGCGGGCUGGUCCGCAGGCUGUUCCUGCUGGGGAGAGGUGGCGGGAGUCCCAACCGGACCCAGGAGGAGCGUCUGAAGCAGGAGAGCGAGCAGCACGGGGAUCUCCUGCGCUGGGGCUUCAGGGACUCCUUCUUCAACCUGACCCUGAAGGACGUGCUGUUUUGGGGCUGGCUCGCACGCCACUGCUCGCGCGCCCGCUUCAUCUUCAAGGGCGACGACGACGUGUUUGUCAGGACUCCCGCCCUGCUGGACUACCUGCAGGCGCAGCUGGACAGAGAGGAGCAGAAGGCGGCUGCAGGUCUGACGCCCGACGAGACCCUGCAGAAUUUUCUGGUGGGGGAUGUGAUCCAACUGGCCCGACCAAUACUCUCCAAAGAGGUGAAAUACUACAUUCCUGAGCACCUGUAUACAGGGACAUACCCCACGUACGCGGGUGGGGGAGGGGUGGUGUACUCAGGCGCGCUGGCCCUGCGACUGCUGAAAGUGUCGCAGAGGGUCGCUCUGUUCCCCAUCGACGACAUCUACGUGGGCAUGUGCCUGGAGAGGCUGGGGGUGGUCCCCACGCACGAGCCGGCGUUCCUCACAUUCGACUUCCCCGAGGGGGAGGAGGAGGAGAGCCCCUGCGCAUACCACAGCAUCCUGCUGGUCCACAAGCGCAGCCCCGAGGCGGUGAGGAGGCUGUGGGCGGAGAUCCUCGUGCCUCCCCCCGAGUGCCUCAACACCACACUCAGAGUGAACCCCACACACGCCCCUCCCAAACAUAUGGCACAUAAACAAAAACAAACACAGGAAUUAGAUAUCAUGGACUUCAUAUGAUGCAGAUUCUCAGGAGAUCUCACCACCUCAUUUUAUACUCUUCAGCUCUUGACCUGCAAAAUGUUGACUUGGGAGGAGAAAUGAUGGCAAAGGCAUCAUUCAAGUUGUUACAGAGAUGUGAUGGCAAUUAUUUUUAGCCUAUUUUUUCUUUUCAUUUUUAAAGACAAUACCUCAAAAUUGAUUGCAGCUUCUUGAACAUGAAUCUUUUCAGCUUCACUCAUUCCUCUCUGACAGUAAAUUAAAUAUCUUUGGCGUGCGGACAAGGAAUCUUGGGCUUUGGGAAACACUGAUUUUCACAAUUGUCUUACAUUUUAUUGAUAAAACCAACUAUUCAAUUAAUCAAGAAAAUAAUCCACAAAGUUAUCGACUGUAGAAACAAUAGGUAGUCGCAGCCCUACCCUGGGAUAUAGCUCCCUACCGUCAUGGAAUAUUCAGAUAGAUUAGAUAGUCAACUAUCUGGCUGGUUCCACAAUAAAACUCCUGGACCAAUUGAAAGGACUGUAUAAGCUAGGACAAACAUGCUUUUUGAUAAGGAUAUCAGAAUGGUUUAAACUGGUUUACAGGAAGCACUAUCACUGAACAAGCACACAUUCAGUACCAUAAAUAGCUGUUUUUUUGUUUGAAUACUGUGAAACUUUUGCAAUAUGUUUUCUAUUGUAAGGAUUUAUUCAUUGUCUACUCAAAAUUGUAAAUGACUGAAUUCCUAUUGUGGAAAUGUUGUACAGUGUCAUUGUAACUUAUACAUGUGAAGCCUCUUUGGGAUGGUGGAUUCUUGAGUUCAGAGCUGGGUUUGGAGCCCACAGAUUACUGUGCAAGAGUCAUCAUCAAGGUGAUCUGCAAGCCAUUGGAAAAACAAGGAUUUAGGAUUUCCCACUGACUUGUUUUUCCUGUUUUUAGAAGUGGGAAAGCCUGAGGGUUGGUCUCCAUACACCCUCUCAUAAUUAGUCACGUUUCUACCACUGGGGCCAGUAUCGCCUAUAGGGCUUUCUUCGGGUCCACAUGGCCAAGGACCUGAGGCCUCAAAACGCAAGAACAGAAACUGGCCCCUGCCAAACAAAGUACUCCACCGCCACCCCUGGCUUGCUAGGGGGUAGGGCUCAGACGGUGAAGUGCUGUGUGGUGUGGUCUUUGGACUCUGUUCCCUUGCAUUCACCAGGUGCUUUGAUCAUUGAUCAUUGAUCAUUAUUAUGGGCUGCUGUCAACAGAUUAUGUUUUUCCAUCGUCGCUGCCAGCAGGAUAAAACAAAACCUAACUGAUUUCCUGCAGGCUUGGCGGAGGUUUUAAUGGGUCAAAGUUGAAUCAGGGGAUGCGUGUGCCCUCAACUUCAGAAAGAACUGUAGAUUUUGGACAUGUAAAAAGGGCAACAAUGAUGAUAAACAUCUUCAGCAUCUUGAUCAAGGGUCAUGGUAGAAUGGACUGGAUCUGCAUUAUAGGGGGGAAUUAUAUUUGUUUAGACUGCAAGAUAAGGUGUAUUGACCUUUCAAAAUGCCCUUCCCACUUUUAACCAUCAAUUUCAGUCUCACUUUCCCUUUCAUCCAGUGACUGUCCCAGUGUGCUGUAUUUACACUGCUUUUAAAUAUUUUAAAUAUAUACACUGCUUUUAAAAACGGCACACUUAACACUAGUUAAGGGUGAAGAGACGUGUAGCCUACUUUAGGAAACAUGACAACUUGCCGUCCCUUUUUUCUUUUGAACACAAUGUAACACAUUAAAUGACUUGUUUUCUGCUUUUCUUGUUGUGAUUGUUACCUGUUGUGGCUUUAAUCCCAUAAUGUGAGAAAUAACUAAUAGUAAGUGUAUGGUAAGUGCUUUACAUGCUAGAAUAUGCCCAAAGGGUUUAAGUCUGACAGAAAGUAGUAAAUAAAGAUUAUAUUUCUUCA